GCCAGCUGUUACUGACUACAUGACGAAGCUACGGCGGACUACUGGGCCAAGCGCGGGGUGCCCUUCCUGGAGCCCAUGCCGUUCGUCGGCAGCUCCUUGGCCUUCCUGCUGUCCACCGAGUACCGCGGCGAGGUGGCCAAGCGCUUCUACCACCGCGCCAAGUCCAGCGGCCACAAGUACCUGGGCGUGUUCCUGGGCCGCCAGCCCGUGCUCAUCGUGUGCGACGUGGACCUGCUCAAGACCCUGCUGGUCAAGGACUUCCAGUACAUCACGGACCGCGGCCAUGCCAUCGACCGCCGCCGAGACCCUCUCAUGGCCCAUCUCUUCAACCUGACGGGCUCCGAGUGGAAAGAGUUGCGCGCCAAGCUGACGCCUACCUUCACGACCGGCAAGAUGAAGAACAUGUUCUACCUGGUGCGCGCGUGCGCAGAGCAGCUGGACGCUUUCCUGGCGGCCGAGACGGCCGCGGGCGGCGAGCUGGAGAUGGCCGAGGUCAUGGCCAAGUUCACCACGGACGUCAUCGGCUCCUGUGCCUUCGGCGUCGAAACCAACUCGCUCAAGGACCCGAACGCCGCGUUCCGCAACAUGGGCCGCAAGCUGUUCAACAUCUCGCAGUGGCGUGCGCUGCUUCUGGUCAUGCACACGGCGCUGCCGACGCUGCGCCGCCUCAUCCCGCUGCCGCUGUUCGACUCCGAAGUCACCUCCUUCUUCACGAAGACCUUCAACGAGAACGUGCGGUUCAGGGAGGACACCGGCGACCACCGCCACGAUUUCCUCGACCUGUUGAUCCAGAUCAAGAAGGCCGGAGCCAUCGACCCGACCAUCCUGCCGGCCCAGGCCUUCAUCUUCUUCGUGGCGGGCUUCGAGACAUCGUCCAGCGCGACCAGCGCCUGCCUCGGGGAGCUGGCCCACCACCAGGACGUGCAGGACCGGCUGCGGGAGGAGGUGGACCGCGUGCUGGCCAAGCACGGCGCCAUCACGUACGAGGCGCUGCAGGAGAUGACCUACAUGGAGCAGGUCCUUGAAGAGACGAUGCGCCUGUACCCCGCGCUGGGCCUGCUGCCCCGGAUGGUGACCCGCGACUACCAGCUCCCCGACAGCGAGUCCGUCCUGGAGAAGGGCACCCGCAUCAUGAUCCCCGUCUACGCCAUCCACCGCGACCCGGAGUACUACCCCGACCCGGACCGCUUCGACCCGGAACGCUUCACAGAGGAGAACAAGAUGAACCGUCCACACUUCGCCUACAUCCCCUUCGGAGAGGGCCCCAGGGUGUGCAUAGGCCUCCGCUUCGCCAUGAUGCAGAUGAAGUCGGCGCUCACAGUCAUCAUGAGGGCGUACCGCGUGUCACCGAGCCGGGAUUCUGCGUACCCUCUGAGGGUGGAUCCCAGGGGGCUCGUCACCAGGGUGCAAGGUGGCGUGCACGUCAAGAUCUCCAAGCGCUAGCGAGGCGCCGCGUACCUAGGGUGGACCCCAGAGGGCUCGUCACCAGGGUCCAAGGAGAUGUGCACGUCAAGAUCUCAAAGCGCUAGCGAGGCGCCGCCUGAGCGGCCCAGUGUGCCAGUGUCAUCACGAUACCGAAAUCACGACCUGGACGAUCGGA